AUGAAUAUCUCGUCCGCCGACCCAACAGCCCCGCCGCCCCAGCAGCCGCCGCAGCCGCAGCGGCCGUCCUCCAGCUGCGACCGCCACCCCGCCGAGCAGUUCACUGGCUUCUGCCCCUCCUGCCUCGUCGAGCGCCUCAGCACCCUUGACGCCUCCGCCAUCAACCACUCCUCCUCCUCUUCCUCCCGCCGCCCCUCGUCCGCCGCCGCUUCCGCCCUCAAGUCCCUCUUCACCUCCACCUCCAGGGCCAGCAACCUCCCCGCCGUACCGCCGCAGAAACCCUCGAGGCCCGCCCCCUUCCUCCCCGAGCUCCGCCGCUCCAAGUCCUUCUCCGCCUCCAAAAACGAGGCCCUAGCCCUAGGUAGCCAGCCCCUCGAGCCCCACCGGAAAUCCUGCGACGUUAGGGCUAAAAACACUCUCUCGUCCCUGUUUUCUCUCGACGACGGGAGCAAUACCACCGCCUCAACUUCCAAUUGGCCCAUCCCAACCGCCGCCUCCUCUUCCUCCCACCAAAACCCCCAAAUCAGCAGCUCAAAACCAAUCGAAUCUCACAUAGCAAAUAAACCCCUCUCCGAAGAAAUUGAAAUCGAAGAGGAUUUCAAGGACCCGCCCGAAAAUCUAGACGAAAUUGCCCCCCCGCCAGACGAUUACGCCGACAGGGAUGACGAAAUCAGGCCCGCCGCCGCCGCCGACGACGACGACCCGAAUCCCCGACACCCAGUCGGAAUUAACACGAACAUCUCCGAAAUCGUUGAAGAGAAGGUAAUCAUCUCUACCAAUCCAAAACCCAUGAAAAACCACAUCGACCUCGCCGCCGCCCACGCCCACGCCCAGCCCAAAAAAACCUCCGCCGCUGGUGGCGGCGGCGGCGGUUUCUGGGCCGCUGCCUCCGUCUUCAGCAACAAAUGGCGCAAAUGGCGGCACAAACAAAAGUCCAAGAAACAGAACGCCCGCAAAACCCUCCCCCGCCAUCUCCCUUUUAAUCGGCUGGUUCCCCGCCAUCACCAUGAAACCCAAUCCGAAAUCGCAGAUUACGGUUUUGGCCGGAGAUCGGUCGACACAGAUCCUAGAUUCUCCCUCGACGCCCCACCACGAUUCUCAUUUGACGAGCCCCGACACUCGGUUGACGAGCCUCCUCGAGCCUCAUGGGACGGCUACUACUUCGCCGGAAAAAAUCUCCCCAAAAUACCCCCAAUGUUUCUCGAUAACGGGCCUCGGCCCGAUAUGCAUAUGAUCCCUCUCGAACAAACCUCGAUUGAUGAUAAUAACGUGGUGCUGCCAGGUGGCUCGACCCAGACUCGAGACUACUAUCUCGAUUCUUCUUCUAGAAGGCGAAACAGCCUCGACCGCUCCAGCUCCAUCAGGAAAACCGCGGCUGCAGUCGUAGCCGAAAUAGACGACCUCAAAAUGGCUGCUGCUUCGUGUUCUUCUUCGACUUCCAAUGCCAAAAUCCUCCCCACGAACGCGGAUUAUUUUCAUGGGGCGAAAGUUUUGGUCGAUGAUGAUGACAUCCCGGAGGGCAUUUUGGGUAUUUCGGAGAAAAAGGAGCCGGCGACAGCGAAAAAAUCGAGAAAAUGGGGUUGGAAGAUAUGGGAUUUCUUGCAUAAGAAGGGUAGCCAUAAUAAGAACGAACACGAACACGAUAAUCGGGUCGAAAGGUCGUUGUCUCACUCGUGGAGAAGGGAAGCGAAUAAUAAUAAUAAUAAUAGUAACGAUAACGGGCUUAGCUCGAAUAUUUUACGGAGCAAUAGUAGCGUGAGUUGGAGGCACGCGGGCCCAACGGGCCUGUUUGGGCCCGUGAUUGCUAACGGGAGGCGGUCGAGUGUCGAUGCAUACGUGAAUAAUAAUAAUAAUAACGGGAGGAGGAGCGAUUUUGGUGGGGUGGAUAAGAAAAGGAAUAAUAAUAAUAAUAAUAAUAACGCGAGGUAUUCACCGAGCAAUUUGGAUAACGGGCUUUUGAGAUUUUAUUUAACGCCUAUGCGGGCUAACCGGAGAGGAGGGAUGGGUCGGGUGAAGCCCGCGAACCCACAUUUGGUCGGGAGGAGUGUGAUGAGGAUGUAUUGA